GACUCUGUCCAAUGAAGAGACGCGCUCUGUGAGCGCGCGGAUAUUGGGCCCGGUAGGUUCCGACUCGCAGGAGCGGGAGAGAUGAUGGCCCACCUUUGGACAGGGUUCGAGAACGGCGACAACGAUCAGAAAGCGGCGCAGGCCAGGAAGAGAUGGUGUGAGGAGAAGUGGGAGAACGAGGGGGAGGACGAGGACGAGAAUGAGAAGGAGGACCAGGACCAGGACCAGGACCAGGACGAGGACGAGGACGAGGACGAGGACGAGGAGGACGCCCAGCUCUCACUGGAGGCUCUGAGGGUUCUGGAAAGAUUAAAGGACAUAGACUGCCCCUUCCUUGAUGGUCUGUAUAUUACUGGACUGAGGACAAUAAAACAGUUCCUGUGUACACCUUCAAUUUACCGUUUGCUUAUUCUGGAAUGGUUAUUUGCAAGACUGUAUCCUUCCUUUGGGGAUUCGUUUGAAACUGUGCCGGAUUUUGGAGCUAAAGAGAAAAUAACAGAGUUGACCAGACUUGGCCAUGAACUGAUGUUGUGUGGGCCAGAUGAUCAGGAUCUCAUUAAGGGCUCUACUGGUGUGAAGGAACAGCUUUAUUUCUUUAACCAGUUAUUGGAUCUGGUCACAAGUCUGGGUCCUGAAUAUGCCACCAGCUUCUUCAGUGUGGAGGAGAACUUCUCCAAGUUAGUGAAAGACAAUGAGAUGCUGCUGAAGAAGGUCUUCACUUCCCAUGUCCACAUGGAGAUCCUAGAUCCCAAGUUCAGUCCCUUGCCUCUGGACAUGGAGUCCUCUUGUGGAAUAAAGGAAAACCUGCAUAUAAUGCCACUGGAGGCAAAGAAGACGAAGGUGGAAGAGCUUUCCGAAAAACUGACUAAGCUCACUGAAAUGCUGCCGGCGCAUAAGGAAGAGGCCGUCGGUCACCAGGGCAGCAUCAACGGACUGUAUUUGCCAAAUCUGGCCCGGCGCCCCGUUCAGUGUUCACCCCACUGUGCGAAAAUCUCCAGCCAUGGUUGUGGCACCUUGGGCUUGACUCUCUCAGAUUUCCAUCAGCUGGUGAUUGCUUUUAUACACGUUUUUGAGGAUGAGCUUCAUGAGCACUGUAACUGCCCUGCCCCCUACAUCAACCCAUGUGGUCCAUUCUUUCAGUCUGUACAUGAUUCUCUAACCCUCUGCAACCAGGGGCUGAAAGCUAUCACUGAAGUCAUGGAUACCUCUGUGAAGGUGGAGGAUAUAGCAGAGCUGCCACAAUGGGAGAAAGCCUACUUGGGUGAAGGCAACUACAUGGUGACCUUGGUUGAAAAAUUGAAAGAGUUAAAACGGAAAUAUGAGCUCUUCCAAGACAGUCCUUGGACAUCUCUUGAAUGAACUUGAGAAGCACCAACAAGGUCCACACAGAAAAAAGAGGAUUGUACGUGAAACAGCACAUUGAAUUGUGUACACCUUACUUUUUAAGAAGCAUUUAAUAAAAUCACCACCUUAGUUUCAAAGUGA